AAGCCCGAAAACAGAGGAAGAAGAAGUAUACUCCUCCACUAGGAGGGGUUCACAGAAUCUCCAGCCGCAAAGGAUACUUCCAACUCCGCCGCCCAUUCAAAAUCUCCGCCACCUCCCAAUCCAAACCCCUCCUCCUCGACGAUUCCAAAACCAUCGAUCCGCUCGCCCCGCCGCGCCGCCGACCAUCGCCAUCGCCAUUGCCAUCUCGCCAGAUUCACCUCCUUUCCUUGCCGCCUCCGGGAGGGACUCCAAGAAACCGCGAGAAGAAAGCCAUGGUGCAGAGGAAGCAAGCGCGCAAGAAGCCCAAAGAUUCUCAACUUGGUUCCAACGACGGGUUGCCGGCGGAUCACGCGCGCGGUGGCGCCAUUGUGCGGACGGCGCUCCCGAACUACAUGAGGGCGACGAGCAGCUCGGACGCGAGGGGUGGAGGGCGGGAGGCGGCGGCGGCCACCGGCGCGCCGCCGCGGAGGGAGCGGGGCGCGGCGAGAGGGAAGGCGAUGGUGCUCGCCGACGGGGGUGGUCCGUUCGUGAGCAGGGCGACGUGCUCCUCCGCCAUGAGGGGGCUCGGGCGCGGGCUCGGGCUCCGCGGCGGGGCGGCGCACGCCUGCCCGUACUCCUACUGCUCGUUCAAAUGCCACGCCGCCGACGCGGACGUGGUUCCCCUCAGAACCCUCGUGGCAUCGCGGAGGCGGCUGAUCAAGACGCAGCAGAGCAUGAAGCUCAAGGGCGCGUCCCCGUUCCGCAAGCCCAGCAACGGCGGCGGCGCCGCCGAUGGCUUCUUCGUCGAGAUAUACUCCGGCGCCGCCGCCGCAGCCGCACCGACGGUGAGCUCGGGCGCGAGCUGCAGUGAUCUCUCCACGGAAGACAAUGACGCCGCGGUCAGGGAGGGGGAGUAUGCCGUGUUCGAUCAUCGGAGUCGCGGGGAUGACGAGGACAAGGCGCGGGAUUCGGAUGGUUCAGUGGACGGUUCUUGCGGAUCCAGUGAUGUGAUCUCGGGUGGUUCGGUCGAUUUGUUCGUGACGAAAUCUCGCGGCGGCAAACAAGAAAUCGAUGGAGGGAAGGGGAUUUACCUGGAUCAAGAAGCAGAGGACUUUGAUGCCUGCAAGUCAGACAUUUCAGAGGAGCUGGAUGCAAAAUAUGAAGAUGGUGGUGUCGAUGCUUCAAAUGGAUCUUCAAUUGAUGACAUAUCCUCCGCAUUCGGUGGAAUGAACUUCAAAGAUGCAUGUCCUGAUCCCACUGGUGCAGCAAGCAGUCAGAGAAAAAGGUGGAACAUUGCUAAGAGGACAACAUCUGAGCAGGGGGAGAAAAUGCGCCUCUUUAAUCCCAGGGCUCCCAAUUUCCUCCCGGUGGAGCCUGAUCCAGAGGCUGAAAAGGUUGAUCUCAGGCAUCAGAUGAUGGGUGAUCGGAAGAAUGCCGAGGAAUGGAUGGUUGAUUAUGCGCUUAGGAGGGCAGUGAACAAAUUAGCCCGCGCUCAGAAGAGGAAAGUUGAGAUGCUUGUCCAGGCCUUUGAAACUGUUCAACAGGAUGAUGAUAAGAAAAGCAUCACACUUACAAAGUCUUCGCAACCAUGCAGAUGACUACUCUUAGAGGCCUUGCACUUUAGCUGGAACUAAUCACCAUCUCGAGGUUCUAACUCAGUGGUCACUGCAAUAUUAGUGCCAGAGACCUGCUCGACAAGGAUAGAGCUGCUUAAUAUCACUGAGGUGAUGAGAUCUCGAUCUGGUAGUUGAGCUUUAUGGAGCACAAUGAGUUGAUUAGUGUAGUACAUUAGGGCAUGUACAUUUAAGUCUCGUGUGCUCUUGUCGAUAUAUUAGUAGUGAUCAAUAAUAGUAAGUGUACGAGACUUGCGAAGUGGCAAGAGUGUUGGGAUGUAUUCCUUGGGCAAAGAUCAAUAAAACUCUUAUUGACAGCGUUUGUUCUC